CCAAAAGUCUGCAAUGCACGCGUCAAUUGGCGAUGGCCCUGCAGGGCAGGGGUUUUUUGUCCUUUCUCCGUCCGCGCCUUGCCUUCCUUAUUUUUUCACCGCCCAGCCCACCGGCGCUGCUUCAUUUCUCAAGAGCAAGCCCCUGGGCCAGCGCCCUGACCGAUACUAGUAUCUGGAUUUGCCUCUUCAAGGGCCUAUCGCUGCAAUACUAGUAUUGCAGGUCCCGUGUCGUCGGAUCACCUCACGCUGUCCAAGAUGUCGGGCAGAUACUCCCUGCGGCAGACUCCGAGGAAGAAGGAGCUCUUCGACGGUCUGGUUGAGACCCCGGCCCGUCGCAAUACGCGCCGCAAGUCGCAGUUUCCUGCCGAGUCCGACGCCGAAUCCACCUCUGGAACGUCCGAAGCCAUGGAGAACCGGUCACUGCGCCGGCGUGGCACCGCCAAGUUCAUCGAGCACAUUGAUGAGCUGACACCCCCGGAGACCCCCGUGGAAUCCGACGCGAACCCGGACCCUGCGGUCAGCGCCAAUGCCACAGCAGCCAAGAAAGACCUCACCGACGUGAAGGCCAUCGACGGCUGGGUCCCCGGCAUGGACCCCAAGGUUGACUACUCCGGAGAGUACGAAUUCGGCGGGCCGUGGUUCGUCUCUGUCAUGAUGAUCGGCUUCCCUCUCCUGAUGUGGUACAUGUGGAUCGGCGCAAUCUACUACGACGGCGGGCUGCCCGUGCCCAGCCCCGGCCAGAGCUGGGCUGACUUCGGCAAGCACCUCGCCAGCCUCGUCUACACGGGCGCAUUCCCGCACGCCAAGGCCUGGCUGAUCUACUGGGUGUUUUUCAUCGGCGAGGGCGCCAUGUACUGCCUGAUGCCCGGCAUCUGGGCGUACGGCAAGCCCCUGCCCCACGAGGGCGGCAAGCAGCUCAAGUACUACUGCUCCGCCUACACGUCCUUCUACGCGACCAUUGCCAUCGUCGCCGCGCUGCACUUUUCGGGCGUCUUCCCGCUCUACACCAUCAUCGACGAGUUCGGCCCCCUGCUUAGCGUCUCCAUCCUGUCGGGCUGGCUGGUUGCCAUCGUGGCCUACGUAUCGGCGCUCGCGCGCGGCGCCCAGCACCGUAUGUCGGGCAACCACAUCUACGACUUCUUCAUGGGCGCCGAGCUGAACCCGCGCAUGUUUGGCAUCCUCGACUUCAAGAUGUUCUUCGAGGUGCGCAUCCCGUGGUACAUACUGUUCCUGCUGUCGUGCGGCGCGGCGGCGCGCCAGUGGGAGCGCUACGGCUACGUGUCGGGCGAGGUGGGCUUCCUCGUCAUGGCGCACUACCUCUACGCCAACGCCACCUCCAAGGGCGAGGAGCUCAUCGUCACCACCUGGGACAUGUACUACGAAAAGUGGGGGUUCAUGCUCAUCUUCUGGAACCUCAGCGGCGUCCCCCUGUCGUACUGUCACUGCACCAUUUACCUGGCCAACCACGCGCCCGACGAGUACCGCUGGAACCCUUACGCGCUGGCCGCGCUCUACGCCAGCUACCUCUUUGUGUAUUGGGUGUGGGACAGCUGCAACAGCCAAAAGAACCGCUUCCGGGCCAUGGAGCGCGGCACGCUGGUCAAGCGCAACACGUUCCCCCAGGUGCCCUGGCAGACGCUGCACAACCCCAAGGUGAUUGAGACGGGCCUUGGCGACAAGAUCCUGGCCGACGGCUGGUACGGCCUGGCCCGCAAGAUCCACUACACGUGCGACGUCUACUUUGCCACCACCUGGGGCCUCAUCACGGGCUUCAACAGCCCCUUCCCCUGGUUCUACCCCGUCUUCUUCGUCGUCAUGAUCGCCCACCGCGCCUGGCGCGACAUCCACCGCUGCCGGCAAAAGUAUGGCGACGCCUGGAAGGAGUAUGAGCGGCAGGUGCCGUACUUGUUUAUUCCGUAUGUAUUUUGAAACCAUUGUUGGAGCGGUGGGUGUGCUUGCGGGAUACAUUUUGUAAGAUGGAGUCAGUGAGGAAAGGAAACAGUAUCCUUGGAGAAUGUAGCAGUUGUGCAAUGUGGGAUGCGAUGAUGAGAGCAAGAAAAGGAGGUGAUACCCAGAAUGCAGGAGUACUUAAUUAACGGAGCUCUGUCUUUGCGGGCAAAGUUGCGGAUGUAGCAGUUGGAUACCUAGGUGGCCUUGCCUGGCUAACAUACUGCACCUAAGCAUGUAUUGUAACAUAGAGCAUUCGUGCUAAUAAUGUUAAUGUUUCAGAAGAG